AUGGAUGUGGAUCAGACCCCAGAAGGCCUCUCUGCAUAUGUGACUAAUGACGGUCACAUUGUGUAUAACAAACCAAUGCAGGUGACCAGCAUCUGUAGCCUGGACAUCUUCUACUUCCCCUUUGACCAGCAGAACUGCACACUCACCUUUAGCUCUUUCCUCUACACAGUGGAAAACAUGUUGCUGGGCAUGGAAAAGGAGGUGUGGGAGAUAGUGGACACAUCACGUGACAUCGUCCGCACACAAGGGGAAUGGGAGCUCCUGGGCAUCAACAGGGCCACCCCAAAGAUGUCUGUGGGCUCCAGUCUUUUUGACCAGAUCAUGUUCUAUGUAAGCCCCAAGACUGUGGCCAUCAGGCGCAGGCCCAGCCUCUACGUCAUAAACCUUCUGGUACCCAGCUGCUUUCUGAUUUCCAUUGAUGCCCUCAGCUUCUACCUGCCAGCAGAAAGCGAGAAUCGUGCCCCAUUCAAGAUAACACUUUUGCUGGGCUGCAACGUCUUCCUGCUCAUGAUGAAUAAACUACUUCCUGCUAGUGGCACCCCACUCAUCAGUGUCUACUUUGCCCUGUGUCUGUCCCUGAUGGUGGUCAGCCUGCUGGAGACCAUCUUCAUCACCUACCUGCUGCACAUGGCCACCACCCAGCCCCCACCCAUGCCUCCGUGGCUCCACUCUCUGCUCUUUCAUUGCACCAGCCCAGGGAAGUGCUGCCCUGUUGCACUCUGGAAUGAGAAUACAGGUCCAGGCCUCAUGUCCACUCACCUGCCUGGACUGAAGGAGCCGGGACAGUUGGUAGGGAAGGAGCUGGGAUCCAGAGAGGCAGAGCUGAAUGGGGGCUCAGGAUUGACAAGCACCCAGCUAGCUGGCCUGUGGGUGCAGUUCAGCCACAUGAUGGACACCUUCCUCUUCCGCCUCUAUCUGAUCUUCUUGGCCUCCUCCAUUAUCACGGUCAUCGUUCUAUGGAACACCUAGGAGCUGAAUUCUAAUGGUGCAAGAGCGACCCAGUGUUCAAGUUCUCUCAGCGUCAACUGACCAUCCCAACUGACCAUCCCAGACCCCAUUCCUCUGCUCCAAUUUGCAUACACAGUCCCAAAUAUGCCAGAAUCCCUGCUCCGGGGCUUAAAUAGAACCUCUGCAGACUCUCAGAAAUAGGACUAUAUUUCUAAAACAUAAUGAAUUCAGAAUAUACAUGUUUAUGUUAGAAAUAUAAUUUUCAUUGGAAAAGGAAUACUUUAUAACUCAUCGAUUGGUAUAGAGGAAAGGGGUUAAAACUCUUUUUAAAUAUAGGCUAACAUAGUUACUUAUUCUUUUAAUAAAUAUUUAUUGAGCACCUACCAUGUGCUAGGCACUGUUUUGAGUGCUGAGGAUACAGCAGUGAGCCAAACUGACAAAAAUCUCUGCGCUCACAGAGCUUACAUUGAGGGUAGGUGGAGACUGACAAUAAAGGAGAUAAAUAUGCGAAACAUGGAGUAUGUGCUAAGUGCCAAGGGGGAAAAUCAAAUUAGGGAAGGAAGAAUGGGAAAUGGGGGAGGAGAUUGAAAGUUUAGGUGGGUGGCCAGGGGAGGCUUCAUGAUAACUUCCUGCCUGGCUGGCUCCUAUGCUGUUAUUCCACAAAAGAACCAGGUGGGGCACAGGUGGUGCUAUAAACAAAUGUCCCUUGACAAAUGGAGACUUGAGGAUGACUCAAACAGAGCUCUGUCCUCCAAGGGCUUAUGGCCCAGCUGGAGAAAUAAAAUGUAUAUGUGAAAUAAUUUCAAUUAAAUAUAGAAUGUGUUUUGAAAGUUUUGGUGAGUGCUAUUAAAAAGAAAGUGCUGUAGGGGAGCCUGGGUGGCUCAGCCAGUUAAGCAUCUGACUCUUGGUAUCAAC